AUGGCGUCUGGCGCAUCGGGCUACGAGUUUGCGUUCGACAAUGAGACAUUUUCUGACAGGGUGCUUUUACUGGAGCUUGAAGCUUCAUGCUUCGGAAAUGAGGAAGAAGAAGAAGCGCCAGGUGCUGUUGGAGCAACAUGCGAUGCACCUCGGAGGAAAAGGAAAUGGAAGGGAGGCGAUGACAACGAGGCGUCUCUAACAUAUGAUGAACAAAUUGUAGAGAAAGUUAACCUGUCCAGUAAGACAGGCGCAGAUGGAGUGGAAAGGAAGCAGCUGUUCGUGUCUUCAGCAAUCCUGGCGAGCAACUCGGAAUACUUUCGCCAGCUGUUUUCGAACGGGAUGAGAGAGUCGGAGGAAAAGGAGCUCAUCAUCAAGCUUGCCGCAAAAGAGGAACAAGCCUUCAUCGACGCCGUCCGGUUCAUCUUCUGCGGCCACGUGGCAUCCAAAUCCGCCCUCGACCUCAUCCGCCUCAUCCUAGUUGCCGAUCGCUUCGGUAUCCCGUCCUGCAUCCAAGCCGCGUGUGACGCACUCGCUGGGGGGAUGCUGCAGGCCCAGAAAGGAUCCCCCUGGGACAUUGUAAAGUGCCUUCUAGCGCUGCCGGACAGUGUCCGAACGCACAAGACGGUGUCCGAACUCCUGGACCAGGGGCAGAAGCUGAUGGCCGAGUUUUACAAAGACUUUCAAGAGCGCGCGCGCGCGCCGGGAGGGCUGUCCGAAUUGUCCGAAGCCGGGCUGCAAAUGGUGCUAGCGUCCGACGACCUGGAGGUGGAGUCCGAAACGGACGUCUUCAACGCCGUGCGCGCGUGGGUGCGCGCACGGUUCAAGGACGCGGACACGCGGGCGGCCGCGAUGGCACAGCUCGCGCCGAACGUCCGCUUCCCCUGGAUUCCGCCGGAAAAGCUGGAGGGGUACAUUGGAAUGGACGAGAUGCAGACCGAGACGUGUCAGAAGCUCCUCACGGAGGCUCUGCUCUUCCGCUCCCUGCCUGAGGACACGCGCGCGCGCUUGAUGUCGGAGCGCGCGCGCGAUGGUAGGCGCUUCAUCCGUCGAGGCUCCACCCUGGCAGUCGAGAGCUUGCCUGCGAAGUUUCAUUGGGACGACCUCAAAACCUUCUUCGUCCUGCUUCCGGAGAGUUCCCUGCCCGCAGGCCCGAGCGAAGCGUCCGUCUUCACAGAGGAGUUUUUCUUUGAGGGGAAUCCGUAUCAGGUGGAAUUUGUGCGCAGUACUGAUCGCAAGUUGGGCGCGUUUCUGCAUGUUCUCAAAAAGCUGCGCCGGUCACAGCUGCCCAACAUGAAAACCGUGUGCCUGCAUGCCUGUCCCGGAGACGAAGAGACCUGGUGCCCAGCACUCUGUGCGGCACCCACGUCCGGAACCACAGAUCGUUAUGGUAACGACGACAUACUUCGGAGAAUCCCGUGGACCUUUCCGAUGGCCGAAGACGAAUUUGAUCAGGAGGGGGAUAUCUUUAGAGGGGAGGGUUCUCAGAAAGUAGCAUCAAUCACCUUUGCUUUGACCAGGAAGCAGCUACUUCUAAACUACUAA